UAUCAUUUUGUUCAUCACCUCUGCCAAAAACAAAAAGAAAGCGCAUACACAAAGAACCAGCCAUGGAGAAUAUACAGCACAAAAAUCUCUCUGUAAACGGCAUAAAUAUGCACGUAGCUGAAAUUGGUGAAGGCCCAUCAACAAUACUAUUCCUCCAUGGUUUCCCUGAACUCUGGUAUACAUGGCGUCACCAACUGAUUUCACUUUCAUCCAAAGGUUACCGCGCAAUAGCUCCAGAUCUACGUGGCUAUGGCGAUACAGAUUCUCCUCCUUCUCCUUCUAGCUAUACCGUUUUUCAUAUUGUUGGUGACCUUAUUGCCCUUCUAGAUGCUCUGGGUCUCGAUCAGGUGUUCCUUGUUGGACAUGAUUGGGGUGCUGUUAUAGCUUGGCAUGUAUGCCUUUUGCGACCUGAUAGGAUCAAAGCACUGGUUAAUAUGAGCGUUGUCUUCCACCCCAGGAACCCCAAGAGAAAGCCUAUUGAAUCUAUGCGUGCUGUCCUCGGGGAUGAUUACUAUAUUUGCAGAUUUCAGGAAUAUGGAGAGGCAGAAGAGGAGUUUGCUCGUGUUGAUACCGCAAGACUAAUCGCGAAAUUUUUAACAUCACGCAAUCCAGCUCCUCUUCGUGUGCCUAAAGAGAAAGGAUUUGGGGGUUCACCUCAUACUCCCAUUACAUUGCCAUCGUGGUUGUCAGAAGAGGAUGUCAACUACUAUGCCAACAAGUUCAGACAGUCAGGUUUUACUGGUGGAUUAAACUACUAUCGAGCUAUGGACCUAAACUGGGAGCUGACCGCGCCAUGGACCGGUGUACAAAUAAAGGUCCCCGUUAAGUUCAUCAUAGGGGAUGUGGACCUAACUUACAAUACACCUGGUGUUAAGGAAUAUAUCCACAAAGGUGGGUUCCAAAAAAUGGUGCCAUUCUUGCAAGAAGUAGUUAUCAUGGAAGGAGUUGCACACUUCAUCAACCAAGAAAGACCAGAAGAAAUUAAUGACCACAUAUAUGACUUUUUUCAAAAGUUCUAAGGUGUGUCUAUUUUUAUCAUGGAUUGCUUUGUUGCUUUAUAUCUUUUUUCAAGUCUUUUUAUGUGUGGAAUAAAGGGCACAGGGUCUAUCGGAAACAGCCUCUCUACCCCAAAAGGUAGAUAGGUUUGCAUUCAUCCUACCCUCCUCAUAC